AUGGGGUUUGUUAAUGGGUUAAGAUGGGUGGGUGGCGCCAUGGAGAGCCUCUCCAUCUGGUUAGCUACGAUUUCGCCCAUGUCGCCCGUUUUCCUGGGACAUCUGGUUCAACCGCCCACCUUCCUUCUUGGAUCAUUUCCCCCCGGUCCCUCCCCACUCACCCACCUGCCCCCCAACAACUCUCGCCUCUCCUUCCCCACCUCACCCGAACCCCACCCAUCCCCCCAUUUUGCUCUCCCCUUACACUCCCUUGCUUCUUCUCCCUCUUCUUGCAUUCUCUUCCCCGAUGGCACGUGCAGCAGUGUCACUGAACUGGAGGAGGACGGCACGUGCAGCAGCACCACCGUCUCAACUGUCUUUGACUGGGGCCUGGCCGGCCUGCUACAGGAUCUGCCGCCCAGAGACGACGCCGCCCAGUCGCUGCUGGACAUACUUGACCCAGAAGAUGACGAAUGGAUCGACGUCUCGCUCGCUGUUGCCGCCCGGAUGGCGCUGCCGACCGGCAACUGGUGGCCGGUGCAGGGCGGCGGAGGGGUGGCGGGGUUCGUCGCCAAGCUGCUGUCACUGAUAGAAGAGUGCGGUGAGCCCACCCCCCAGCAGCAGAGCAGGGCUGUGAAGGUGGCGCUGCGGCUGUGGAGCUGGGCCAUGCCCAAGCGGGAGCAGCUGCAGGAGCAGUGCGAGACGGAGGAGGAGCUGAUGGAGGUGUGGCAGCGGUCUGCCUCGGCCAUCUGGCGAUCCGUGGCGUGCGGAGGUAUGUUGCUGGUGCUGGCAGCCGGGUAA